CCUGCUGUGUUCCCACACACACACCCACACCCACCCCCAGUUAUAUUGACAGUAAAAACGGACAACACGCUCAGAAGUUUCUGUUAGUUACUCAUCCACCAACAUCAUGAUUGGAAGAGUUGUUUUUCUGGGACUGCUGCUCAUCUGUGUGGCUGAAGAUGCAGGGGAGAACUCUGGAUUCCUGAGAAAGCCUUCCUGUCCUAACUUUGGUGAGGAGAUCAUGGCGUGCCCUCUGAACCUCGCUCCCGUGUGCGGCAGCGAUGGAAACACCUAUGCCAACGAGUGUACCUUGUGUGCCCGGAGACAAACAACCAAGAUGGACAUUUUGGUUGCCAAAGAGGAAAGCUGCUGACCUGCGCAGGGGAUGAUGUCACCGCUAUGGGGUGACCAAUCAGGAUCUAAUUAUCGACCCAACAUGGAUCUGUGAAAUUACAAUUCCUAAAUGUUUGUCAAUGCAAUGAGUAAUAAAUGUAUAUCAGCAGUAAACAA